AUGUCUAUCACUAAAUUCGUGACUGCUUUGACUAUCGUCAGUUCUGUCUUAGCUGCUGAUGCUGUUUCACAGAUCAAUGAUGGUCAAGUACAAGCCACUUUAGUCCAAACUACCCCAGGUAUGGUCCCCCCUCUAGCUCCCGCUCCAGCUCCAGUUCCAACUACUACUGCUGCCCCAGCUCCAGCUCCAGCUCCAACUUCUUCAGUUGCUCCAGCUCCAGCUCCAGCUCCAGCUACUACUAAAAAUACCCCAUGCAGUACUUGUGGUAACGCUACUGCUCCAAAGACUGUUGAAUCUACAAACACUGUAUACAAGACCAACAUUAAUACCAUUGAAGAAACUAACUACGCUACAGUUCAAGCUACUUCUCCAACUACCUCUACUUCUACUGUUUUAACAACCAAUGUCGCUACUGUUCAACAAACUACUGAAGUCACUGAAUCAUGUACUGAAACCUCAACUCAAACUAACGUUUCUACUGCUACAUUAGUUAAGACUAAUGUUGCUACCGUUGAAAAGACUAGUUUGGCUACCGUUGAAGAAACUACUCAAGCUACUGUUGAAGAAACUACUCAAGCUACUGCUACUGUUGUCAAGACCAACGUUAACACUAUCGAACAAACUAGCUUAGCUACUAUCGAAGAAACUGUUCAAGCUACUGCUACUGUCGUUAAGACUAACGUUGCUACCGUUGAAGAAACUAGUUUGGCUACUGUUAGUGAAACUGCUAACGCUACUGCUACUAUUGUUAAGACCAAUGUCGCUACUGUCGAAAAAACCAACUUAGCUACUGUGGAAGAAACCGUUCAAUCAACUGCUACUGUUGUUAAGACUAAUGUUGCUACCAUUGAACAAACUAAUGUUGCUACUGUUUUGGAAACUGUUCAAUCUACUGCCACUGAAGUUACACAAGCUACUGCCACUAUUGUCAAGACUAAUGUUAACACUGUUGAACAAACCAACACUGCUACUAUUGAAGAAACUACUCAAGCUACUGUUGAAGAAACUACACAAGCUACAGCUACUAUUGUCAAGACAAACACUGCUACUCUUGAACAAACCAACACUGCAACUGUUGAACAAACCACCCAAGCUACUGUCGAAGAAACCUUCUCAGCUACUGUUACUCUUGUUAAGACUAAUGUUAACACUGUUGAAACUACAAACUUUGCUACAAUUAACGAAACUGUUCAAGCUACCGAAACCUUAGUUAAGACUAACGAAAAUACUGUAUUUUUCACUAACAUGGCCACUGUUCAAGAAACUGUUCAAGCUACCGAAACCGUUGCUGAAACUUUAACUCAAACUUCUCUUGCAACUGCUUAUGCCACUGCUACAACUACUGCCACUGCUAUUGCUUAUGCUACUAAUACUCAAACAACUACUGAAACUUGUACCGAAACUUUAACACAAACUUCUAACAAGACUGCUACCGCUACCGCUACCGCUACUGCUGUUGAAACCUUUGUUGGUACACAAAUGACUACUGCUACUGCUACUUUAACAUCAGAAACCACUUCUACUACUACUCCAUGUACCACUGAAACCAUCGUUGAAAACAUGACUAGUGUUAUUGUCGCUCCAGAAAGUGUUGCUGUUCAAAAUGAAAAUACCCCAGCUGCUGCUCCAGUAAUGAAUACACCAGCUGCUAACACUGUUGCUCCAGUUGCUGCUACUCCAUGCAGUACUUGUGGUAAGGAAACUGAAGUUGCUCCAACUCCAGCUGCUAACACUAUGGCUCCAGUUCCAGCCCCAGCUACUCCAUGUAGUACUUGUGGUAAGGAAACUGAAGUUGCUCCAACUCCAGCUGCUAACACUAUGGCUCCAGUUCCAGCCCCAGCUACUCCAUGUAGUACUUGUGGUAAGGAAACUGAAGUUGCUCCAACUCCAGUUGCUACCAUGGCUGCUGUAGCUGUUGCUUCAAGCUCAUGCACUACUAGCUGUCUAAAGACUGUUGUUGUUCCAUGCACCUUUUCAGUUCCAAAUUUCGAAAUGAACUCUAACGGUGCUUCAGUCCCAAGCCAAACUACUUUCAAACAAGCUAGUAGCGGUCCAGUUAACACUGCUAAGGCCGGUAUUGCUGUUCAAACCGAAAACGGUGCCGCUAAAGGUGUUGCUGGUUUAGGUGUUGGUGUUGUUGCUGCUGCAGUUGCUUUACUGUUAUAA